UCACGGCCGCGUCGGGCGGGCGGCGGCCUCACCGGGAGGCGGUGCCCGCCAGCGGCCCGGCCCAGCCCGGCUCGGCCCAGCCCGGCCCGGCCAGGUGGCACCGCGGGACAGCGGCCGGCACGGCGCGGCCCCAGCCAGGUAUAAGGACUGCAGCACAGAAAAAGAAACUAACUUUUGAAUCUCGCGUAGUAAAUUGGUGACAAAUCUAAAAGAACAAUUUUGUCUUAUGUAGUUGUCACAAAUACAUACUGUAGGCUGGAACAGACUGCUCUUCAUCUCUUUGGUAGAACUAUGCCAAGAAAAAGAAAGCUGUUGGCUGAAUUAAGUGCUCUCCAAAGCAACUCCAGCAUCCCUCCCUCUGAUGCUUUGGAGAACCUGAACACCACUCCUGAUGGGGACUCUUCUCCAAAAAGCAGCAAAUAUUUUGCAACACAGAAAAAAAAGUCUUUCCAGCUAGAAGCAGAUUUUUUCAGCCAGCCCUGUAUUAGUCUGGCCAAAUCCUUUCUAGGACAGAUUUUAGUUCGCCGACUUCCUGAUGGCAGGGAGCUCUGGGGGAGGAUCGUUGAAACAGAAGCCUAUCUGGGUGGGGAAGAUGAAGCUUCCCACUCGAAAGGUGGGAAGCAAACUCAGCGAAACGCAGCGAUGUUCAUGAAACCAGGAACCCUGUACGUGUAUCAGAUCUAUGGGAUUUACUUCUGCGUGAAUGUUUCCAGCCAAGGGGAAGGGGCUGCAGUCUUACUUCGUUCUUUGGAGCCUCUUCGGGGUUUAGAUGUGAUGCGAGAGCUGCGCAGUGCUUCAAGGAAAGGACCUGCAAAGCCACUGAAGGACUGGCAGCUGUGUAACGGGCCCUCCAAGCUCUGCCAAGCAUUUGGGAUUGAUAAGGCUUUUGACCAAAGGGACCUGACUCAAGAUGCAGCCAUCUGGAUGGUACCUGGACAUGAACUACCAGGGGAGCAGGAUGUGGUAGCCACAACCAGGAUUGGUGUUGGCAACAGGGGAGAAUGGUCACACAAACCUCUCAGGUUUUAUUUACGAGGAAACAAAUUUGUAAGUGUUGUAGACAAGAAAAUAGAGAGAGAGAUGGCAGUAAUGGGACCCUCCUCUUGCAGCUGAUGAGUCUUGCAAGUGUGCCACCAACCAGGACUUGAUCUGUGCUCUGUAUGAGAGCCUCAAGCUACGUUGUCGCAGCAGCAAGGACAGCUUGUAGGUUUUUAACAAUAAACGUACUUUAUCACAA